ACCGCCACACACAAACACAACACAACACGACUGAUUGUGCGUCACUGAAUGAUGUGCGCUUAAAGGUACUGGUUCCCUGGCACGGAUGCUCGGUCGAACAGGUGAAGGAGAAGCUGACGCACCUGUCCCGGCCUGACCCGCCCACCCUCCUCCGUGUCACUCCAGAGGGAAAGAUCUCCGUCCUGUCCCAGUCUGGACCUCCAAGGCAGAGGUAGAAAUGGGCAACAUGGCAACAGAGAUCACUGCCUUUCUCCUGACCAUCUCGGGUUGGAUCCUGGUGUCAUCCACACUGCCUACUGACUACUGGAAGGUGUCCUCUGUGGACGGGACGGUCAUCACCACAGCUACCUUCUGGUCCAACUUAUGGAAAACAUGUGUGACUGAUUCCACUGGUGUGUCCAACUGUAAGGACUUUCCUUCAAUGCUGGCUCUGGAUGCCUAUAUCCAGGUGUGCAGGGGUCUGAUGAUCGCCUCGGUGUGUCUGGGUUUCUUUGGUGCCAUCCUCUCCUUGGUAGGAAUGAAAUGCACGAAAAUAGGAGGCUCAGAGACCACCAAGGCUCGCCUGACCGUCCUCUCGGGCUUCCACUUCAUUCUGAAUGGCCUCUGCUCUCUGACUGCAUGCUCCAUAUACGCUCACAGGAUCACAACCGACUUCUUUGACCCGCUCUUUGUUGCUCAGAAGUUUGAGUUGGGAGCAGCUCUCUUCAUCGGCUGGGCUGGAUCUGUGCUGUGUAUCCUCGGAGGACUUAUCUUCUGUCUCUCCCUCUCCGAAGGCUUUAGCAUGAGAGCUGAAUACUCCUACAGUGGAGCGGCGUCAUUCGUGACAGCACGCAACAAGCACAGCAAGACAGCCAACAGCCUCCAGAGGGAAACGGGAGGGCCAUCGAGACAGUUUGGAAGAAAUGCCUAUGUUUGAAAUUAGACUCCAUUCGUGCCGUUACGUGACUAGAUCAUGGAAUUCAUCGUAAAAGCUUGUGGUCACCGGAGACUAUUUCAUCACCAUCACUUUUAUGAACUCCUGGGCUUGAACUCUGUGAAAAAGAACGGCUUUAAAAGUGAAAUUCAUGUGACAGUUUACAUGUGUUAAUUAUUUUAGGGGGCAGACUCCUCUUUUAAUGCGGCUGCUUUUUGGGACAUUUCUGUCAGUGGCUCUUAAGUAAAAGAUCGUUUUUUUCUCUUAGGGCAGGAAAUUUGAUUUGGCACAAAACAGCAUUCAAACUCUCCGGUCACCUUCAACAGGCUGGCCCUUCCUUCCUGCCUGUCUCACAUAGAUGGGACGUAUUAAAUAGGUAUUUUUUAUAUAAUUUUUUUAAACAUUCAAACUAGAGGAUAUCACACAGCUACCAAGUAACCUUUUGCUUGAGCUUAUUAGAUAUACAUUUUUGAUUGUUUACAGUGUUUUCAUUAUUGGACAUAUUAUAUUCUGUAAAUGUGACCAAAUGUUGUUGUAUUAAGAGACUAAAAGUAGCUGAAAAUGUAUAUAUGUGAUGACGUAACUCCAGUUAAUCUUCUACUGUUGCUUUGGGAAAAUAGAGGACACAGUGGAUGGAUCCCAUGAAGGCCUAUCUCGGGUCACUAGGUCAAAUCUGACCCCAGAAAUGGCUAUGUAGAGCUGGAGGUCUGACCGGAGGUUCUCCCUCCUAUCAGCCAUCCAUCUCCACCUUGAAAUUAUUAUCAAUAGGAACCCCAGGCUAUGUUACGCAAAACCUCUUGGCCCAGAGGUUGGAUACCUGAACCAGCUGGCAGAGAGAGGCUGCCCUCCGCUUUCCGGCGCCUUGCAUCCGUAAACAAGUGUCAGGUGUCCUGGGCUCUGCACAAUGCCGUCUGAUAUAAUGAUGGUAUUGUAUAGUGAUACUGCAAUGUUAAAACUGCAGAACAUCAUUACGUUUUACUCCUUCUCACUUUUUUAAAGACUGAAGACUUUGAAAGAAAAUGUCAAAAUAUAUUACCACUCAGAAAAGUUAAUUAUGUUGUUUCUUACAAGCUAAUAUCUUAAAACAAAUACCGAGUACAAUUUAAAAAAUUGUUAAAAAUAAUUUGAAAUUGAUUAUCUGCUUAUUCUGAGGCUCUUCAGUACCCUUCAAUUUAACUUGCUGUUCCUUUUCAAGUAUUUGACCCCAACAAGUGGCCACAAAUGAAUCAAAGAAAUUGAGAGAUUAAAUAAAUGUUAUUACACAAACUUUGUAUGUACUGUGUUUUGUACUAUUCUCGAAUAUCU